AGCCCAGGGCAGAGCUGAAGAGCCACCAUGGCCCCCACAGUCACUAUCUUGUUCUCCAUUGGGCUGUAUUGGACCUGGGCAAUUAAGGCACAGAUGGCCACCCUCCCCAGGCCCACCCUCUGGGCUGUCCCCAGUCCUGUGGUUCACCAGGGAGCAGAUGUGACCCUCAGGUGCCAGGGCCCCCUGGGGAGUGACAGGUUCCAGCUGUGGAAGGAUGGAGAGCUCAGAGAAGAGAGAAAUGCAUCCUGGGAGCUGGCAGAGUUUGUGCUCAGGAAGGUGGAUGGUAAAAGAGAUGCAAGAAACUACAGGUGCCGCUCUGGGCAGGGGCCCUGGUGGUCAGAGCUCAGUGAACCCCUGGUCUUGGUGGUGAUGACAGAUGUCUUCCCCAAACCUAUGAUUUCACAUUCAUCUUAUUACUCAAUAAUGCUAGGGGACAAAGUGACCAUCAGGUGCCAACUGUCACAACAGGCCCCCUCUCAGGACUACACCUUUGCCCUCCUGGGUGCAGAGAGCCUGGAGCCUUUGCAGCUGCAGAGCCCUGCAAGGACCUGGGCUGAUUUCUCACUUCCAUCUGUGAGGGCCGAGGACUCUGGGAGCUACAGCUGUAUUUACUACAGGAAGAUGGCCCCCCACAAUGGGUCACAUCCCAGCAAGAGCUUGGAGCUGACUGUGCAUGGACAACUCCCCAAGCCCACUCUGCUGGCCCAGCCUGGCCAAGUGGUGGUCUCGGGGGCCAACCUCACUCUCUGGUGCUCACGGCCCAAGCUGCCUUCCCUUGAAGAGGUGACUUUCAGUCUGUCCAAGGCUGGCACCCAGGAGCCCUUACAGCAUCAGAGCUCAGCAGAGCCCUGGGCUCGCUUCUUCCUCCCUUCUGUGAGACCCCAGGACACUGGGAGCUACAGCUGCACUUACAGGGAUGGGAGAGCCCCUGCCAGAGGAUCAGAGCUCAGUGAGGCCCUGGAGCUGGUGGUGCCAGGAUCUCUCCCCAAGCCUUCCCUCUCAGCCCUCCCAGGCCUUGUGGUGGAUCCCGGGACACAUGUGACUCUCCAGUGCCGGAAGCCUCCUCAGUCACCCUUCUGGAGGGUGAACUUCACCCUGCUGAAGAUGGGGUCCCCCCAGCCCUCGCAGAGCCUGAGCCCAUCUGGAACCUCAGCUGACUUUCACCUCCUCUCUGUGAGGGCCCAGGAUGCUGGAAACUACAGCUGUGUCUACUAUGGGAGGAUGGCUCCCCGCCAGGUGUCUGAGCCCAGUGAGGUCCUGGAGAUCUGGGUGACAGGUGCACUUCCCAAGCCUUCUCUCUCUGCCUGGCCUGGCCCAGAGGUGGCUUCAGGAGCCAACAUGACCCUUUUGUGCUGGGGACCAUCCUGGGCUUCUAAGUUUACACUGUACAAGGAGGGAGGUGAACAAUUCCUACCAAGCACUGACAUCACUCAAGAUGGGGCCCAGUUCUUCUUGACUGCUGUGACCCCCCCACACUCUGGCAAUUAUAGCUGCAGCUACCAAUUCAACAAGAAUGGAAGUCUCUGGACACAAGUCAGUGACCCCCUGCAGCUUACAGUGAGAGCUUCACAACCCAGUUACACCCUCAUCGUCACCCUCACUUGUGUUGCCUUCCUCUUCCUCCUCCUCUGCCUCCUCCUGAUGGACUUCUUCUGCCAUGGAUCCAUCCCUUUGGGGACCAUGCAGGGAGACAUCUCUAGGAGAUAAAACUCAGUUCCUCUGCCCAUUGUCCCCUGCUCCUUCCUUUCCAUAUGACCCCAUUCCCUCUGCACUGGACACAGUACCUGGUGAGGUGAGGAUGCCCACAGAGCCUCCCAGAGUGAUCUCUGCCCCCUGUCCUAUAUCCUCCUCCAUUCUCUACAGGUACCUGUUUUCCCCAAGACCUUGAGGCACCCAAGAGGAGGUUUUGUGUAAAUUAUCGGGGAAGGAAAAGAACAAGAUCCCAGGGCAGGCAGAGAGGCUGGCGGAGAGUCAUCCUAGUCCUGGGACCUAGGAGAAUGAGAAGCCCUCAGGGAGCGGCCCAUAUUUAGCUAAAUGUAAGGAGCUUGAGCCAAAGAUGGACAAUGUGGAGAUGUCCACAGAACCCACACUCUAGGCCCCUGUGGCCUGAGGCACAAGUACUAAGACAUUGGCGACCUUUAGAAAAGGAAUCCUCCCCCUCUCUUCUCCUUUCCUCUUCUCCCUCUUUUCUUCUCUCCUCUCCUUCAGUUCUCCUCUCCCUCACUCCCAUUUCAUGUGACCUCUGAUACAUUUUCCUCAGGUCUCCAUCUCUGUGGAGCCCUGAUGCCUGCUGGGGAUGGGCACGUGGGUUCUGUUCUUGCCCUAAGGAAUUAGAUGCCCAUGGGUUGCAUAGGUGAAUGAAGAGGACUUAGACCUAAUGUAUUUAAACCACUUAGCUUUCCUCCAAGGAUGUCCAGUUUGUUAUCCAAAAAGUCCCCCAUCUUAUAGGUGAACUCAAACAAUGGAUACUUCUUAAUCACAAACAAGAAGGGUGCUGGGGGAUUACUACUCCCUCAUUAUCAAACUUCCAACCAAUCAUGUUCCCUGUGCCUCCAUUCUGUAAUCAAUCAUGUUACCCCCAACCCUAGGAUUUCACCUCCUUUGUUCAGCCUCUAGUUCUGUAUCUCCCAAAACCCACAAGCAGAGAGCUGUCUUUUUGCUCAGGGACUGUGGCCAGAGGCACCUUUUUUUUAUUCAUAGGUAGCAUACCCCUCUUAAUAAAAUGCCAUCUGAUUUAGAGAAUCACUUUACUUUUUUUAAAUUUCACGUGAAAUACUUUGUAACUUCAAUCCUAUAUAAUCACUGCUCUCUUCUGGCAGUGGAGCACCCUGGUCCAGGACUUUAUUAUCUCACACCUGGAUUAUUGGAGUAGCCUUCUGGUUUAUCACACUUCCCCAAGUCUUUGCCUGCUCAUCCAGUCCUCCACUCAUCUAUCAAUGAUGUCAUCCUGAAUUGCAGCUUUCAUCAUGUCAUUCUCCUUUUCAAUAAUCUCCAAUGACUUCCUAUUUCCUCAUGGAUCAAAUAUAACCUGUUGGUGAAUUUUAUUUUUUUGGCAGGGCAAGGAGGGUUAAAUGACUUGCCCAGGGUCACACAACUAGUAAGUGUCAAGUGUUGAAUAUGGAUUUGAACUCGGGUCCUCCUGAAUCAAGGGUUGAUGCUUUAUCCACUGCUCCACCUAGCUGCCUCCUGUUUUUUACUUUAAAAGCCCUUCUGAAUCUGUUCCUUUCCUAUCUCUACAGUAUUCUUCUUUUUUUAGAAUUUUAUUGUCCAAAUUACAUGUAAAAGCAAAUUUUGACAUCAAUUUUUUUAAA